CAACAGCUUCAGAUAAGGGUGAUGGUUUCUCAGAAAUCACUCUUCCCAGUACACCGACUAUAACCAACUGCCCCACACAUGCCUGUGAAUAUGACGCCACAACUAUGAAUGGAAUUGUCGAUUUUAACAACUGUUUUGUUGUUGGAAUGCAAGCUGACAGCUCUGAUUCACACAAAUACAAGGGUGUUGCUCGAACGUUCGAUUUGGCGAAUUUGACGACCCAAGACUGCUGCAAUGUGCUCUUAGACUCCGUGAAGACUGAGGUGGCCGAGAAAGGAGAAUACCCUGACAGCACUCUCGUUCCUGCGGCCAAGCCAGUGUGUACGGGAGCGGCCGACACCACAUGCAGUGGUGAUCUUGGAUCUCCUGUGUACUGCAAGACAACUGACAGUCCCUCAUACGAUGUUCUUGUCGCCGUUGUCGCCUCCAGCCCUUGUAACUCGGACACACCGCUACUCCUACAAGACCUCACUAAUGGGGCUAUUGACAACUUCUUCUAGAUGAAGAUGAAAGAUACGUUAAAACUGGAGUGAAAUCAAUGUUCCCGAAUGUCGGAAGUGGGAAUUUCCUUCAGAAAGAGGAAGAAGUUGAAAAGAUGAAAAAAAACCAACCCAACCUAUUCUUAUGAAAUGGACAGCCGGUAAUAUAUAUUUGUGAGGUAUCCUGGUGAAAGCAGGCGCUCAUCAAAAUAAUGAAAUGGAAGAAAAAGGCAUUUUCCCUCCAGUUUGGCAAUUUUUAUCGCACUUUUGUUUUGUUUUGCCAAAAUACCUUUUAUGUCAUUUAAGAACACAUUUCUAUUUGGAUUUCACUGAGAACGAUAAUUAAAGGCACAAAAAAUGUAAAUUUUCAGUUUUCAUGGACUCUCAAACUAUGGAAAUAACCAGUAUGUGGCGGCCAUUUUCUCGCUAAUUACACCUCUGAAAACAAGGCUACUCCCACCUCCUUCAAUCGCAACUUGUAUUCUAAACAAAAGGGUAUUUUUUUGUCUAAGAAAUCAAGACCAAUGGACAAGCUUUAAUAUGGCACUAAUAACUCCACAUUCCCAAAAAUUGACGAGCGCCUGAUUCCACUUCGUCUUGAAACAUUUACCUUUUAAGAAGGCUUUUCUCGAUGGAGUGAAAAAUGUACCAUAACAUGUCAAAGUGCUAUAUCUGUAAGGGAAAUUGUAGUACUUAGUAGAAAACUGUACUUUUGAAAGGCCUGUCGGCUCCAAGCCUUAUAAGGUACAAUUGCAAAAAUAAAAGUCUCCAGUGAAA